AUGACAUCCGGAGAAGUCGGUCCAUUGACUUCCACCUAUCUGUUCAGCGCAACAGUAUACUUGGGGAAAGCUCUUGCGCCCAUUCCACUCCUGGAAGGUGGCAAACGCGUUGUUGAGCCCAUCACCGGAGGAACCAUCUACGGGCCCGGAUUUAACGCAACCAUCGACGGUGGAGUCGCUGCUCCGAUUGUCGUCACAAACAAUGGCACCACCACUCAAAUCCCUUACAUCUAUGCCUACGGCCACGCAAGCGAUGGGUCACCGUUCUACAUCGAGGAAGCAGGCAUCGGAUCUACUGCCACGCAGAACACUCGUCUGAUUAUUCAAGUCAGUGGGCAAUAUGAGAACUUGCAGCAACUUUACAUCUUGGGACAGCCCACUUUAAACGAAGAUCGGACGAUCGGACAGGUGGAAUGUUGGAGCGUGCCCUUGCCUUAA